AUGUCCUCCAAAGCAUGGCUCAGCAGCGGAACGGAUGAACCAGUUAAUCCCGGUGUGCCAAGCGUCCCGACCGGAAGCUGGCGAACUAUCUGGCCCCUUGGCAAGGAUGGCCUUCCCAGAAGCACGAUCCAAAUCCUUCCUGCGGGUAGGACGCUUCCUGGAAACCCGCUUUCCCUCCAGCUCUCCCGAUCCGGGUCGCUCUCACGUUUGAUACUGGACGACGGCUUUCAAGAAUGA